UUAUUGAGAAUUAUAUGAAUUUUACAUUACCCGAAUGGACAAAAGAAGUUUUUCCUGAUAAAAUGAAACCAUUAUCCGAUUUUAGUUUUGCUCUACCAUGCUAUAAAAGGGAAUUAGCCCGAUUUAAAACAGGACCAUUUUUUUAUGAUUUAUUAAAAUAUUUUAGCAAGGUUAAGCAUAGAAAAAAUGUUACCGAUGAUUACAUCAAAUUAAAAAUAUUUUCCGGGCACGAUACAACCUUAGCUAAUUUAUUAGAAUCAUUAGGAAUAUUUGAAUAUCAUUCGCCACCAUUUAGAAGCACCCUCAUUUUCGAAUUGUACCAAAAUAAAUCUUCCGAUUCAGAUUUAAAUCACUUUGUUAAAAUUUUUUACAAAAAUACGACUUCCGAACCUAACAAAAUGGUUCUAAAAGGAUGUGAUUUCGAUUGUGAUUUUGAAAUUUUCCAAAAAUUAUUGGAGCCUUUAUCGAUGUCUUUGUACGAAUGGGACCGGGAAUGCAAAGUUAGUUUAUUUUCGACAGUUACCGAAAAUAGAGAAAAUUUAGUGAUCGCUACCAGUUUACUAAUAAUCGUGAUUUGUUUUGUCGCUGUUUUAAUCAAAUUUAUUUAUAUUAAAAAUAAGAAGGAUCGGACGAUUUAUUUGAGGAUACCAGAUGAUGAAGAACAAGUUUAAAAUUAAACUUGGAAAUUGAUGAGAAUGUUUGUUAGAAAUGUAAAGUUAGAAAAUGUUUUAAUUAAUUGAUAAAUGAGUUAUUAAGUUACAAAUGAGAAAGGUUAUGUGAUAUUUUUAAUUUUUAAAUAUAUCUUGUACUUAUUUGUAUUAGAAUAUAUAUAA